CCUCGCUGACGCUGCUGUCAAAUGGCAACUGCCAACGCUCAAGAAGGAAACUCCUCCCUGUUGACAGCACGUUCCGUCACCUUCUCAGCGCAAUGGUUUCUUGGAUAAUCUCUAGACUUGUGGUGCUUGUAUUUGGCACAUUAUAUCCUGCAUACUCCUCAUACAAAGCUGUCAAGUCAAAGGAUGUGAAGGAAUAUGUGAAAUGGAUGAUGUACUGGAUCAUAUUUGCACUAUUCACCACCAUGGAAACCAUCACAGAUAUAUUUAUCUGUUGGGUUCCUUUCUAUUAUGAGCUGAAGAUUGCCUUUGUGGUAUGGUUACUGUCUCCCUACACAAAGGGGUCCAGUGUUCUAUACAGGAAGUUUGUUCACCCAACACUAUCUUCAAAAGAGAAGGAUAUUGAUGACUAUCUCUGCCAAGCAAAGGACAAAAGCUACGAUACUCUGGUGACUUUUGGGAGGAAAGGUUUGAAUGUAGCAGCCACAGCUGCAGUCCUGGCUGCGACAAAGAGCCAAGGAGUACUGUCAGAUAGACUACGAAGUUUCAGCAUGCAUGACUUGUCUGCCUACCAGUCCGACCAAACUGAGAUGGACUCUGGAUCUGUCUCCACCCAGUCUGCAGCUGGACAACAGAGGGCCAAGACCAUGAUGCGCAGCAAGUCAGAGAGUGGCUACACCAAGGGGCAGGAUUUGGAUAUGACUGCGUAUGAGGUGUUGAGAUUCGACCAGUGUGACACCAAGGAGCUGCUGUCCCACCCUAUUACGCCCCCCAAACCCACACUCCCUCCUUCACCCUCUCUGACCCCCCAGCCCUCUCCACCUCCAUCCCUUGCACCAGAGCAGACUGAGGACAUGGGGGGGGAACAUCAACAAGCACCCCACAGCUCAGGCUGAUUAAGAGGAAGGCACCUGAGCCUCCUCCUAGAGACAUAAGGCCUCUCACAAGAUCCAGGAUUGCCCAGCUGUCUUCAAACAGAGAAGGCAUGUGAUUUUGUGUUAGCUGCGAGGAGAAGAGGGUAAAUAAGGAAAUGUGGCCAAAAGCUAAAUGCAUAAAGCAGCCUUGUUUUAGUAUAAGGAAACCAAAGUGACUUGUGACCCUCUAUCUUAAUAUAUAUGACCUCUGGCACAUACUGUACUGUAAAGGAGACAGAUGGUGGGUGCCAUCAAGGUAGCACUCAAGAGUGGGCUCCAUACCAUACAGACAUUUGGAUUGAUUGGUCGGUCAUUGAAUAUGUUUUUGUAUGUAUGUAAAGUGUGUGUAUUUAUCAUUCAGAUAGUUUUUUAUAUAUUAUGUUUAGAGACAAAUGCAUGUAUGUGUCUCUGGUCCUUAGUCAGGUGAUGUCAUAAAACAGAAUGUAUUGUCACUUCAUCUUUUUGUGGCUACUUGGUCACUGUCUGAGAUGGCAUCAGUCAUCAGGAGAGUAGCAGGGUGAAAUACUCCCUAAGUAAAGGAUUUGGUUGUCCACUCACUCUCUUGGGUUUGUAGGGAGAGCUUUGACCUGGCAAAUACAAUCUGUACUGACAAUUUAACAGAAAUUAAUUGUCCUGUCAGGUUAGUAUAACUCCUCAAAGGUGGUAUUUAUUUAUGAGAUAAAAUAGCUGUGGUAGGACUUCAAAAAUGCUGAUUAUUAUGAAUCUACUAACAAUGGAACUAAAAGAGUCAGCCAACUACAAGUAAGGGCUCUAUUCAAUCUGUAUCGCUGAAGCAUUACAGAUUGCGCAAUAGAAAUGUAAAGGAAAUGUCUGAUUGAGCCGACAUGUGCAGCGCUUACCGUGAAAGCAGUCUCCGCUAACGCGGGAAACAUUGCCUUUAAAUUUAAAUCACGCUGUAACGCUGAACUUCCGCGAUACGGAUUGAAUAGAGCUCUUUACCUUUGCUUAUAAAGCCUUAAACCAUUCAAAUAAAACAGUGAGUACCUGGUACUUCAGAAACAGUAAUAUCAGUACUUGUAUUUCUUGCAACGAGCACUAAAAUAUCACAAAAAACAUUCUUCCAGAGAGAAAAAUCAUAAGCGAUUCUAUGCUUUUUCUACAAGUGGCCAUAACUAUGAUUAAUGUAAUUGACUAUUGGCACAAUGCACUGUUCAGAGUUACUGCAACUGUUCCAGUACCAUGAAAUGGCAAAAAAGUAAACAUCAGAAAUGUAAAAAUGUUUUUUCCCGUUUUUGGUUCACUGAUCACCAUGUUAUUUACCAUUACCAAAAUUAUUAUUAUAUGGGAUUAGUUAGUAUUCAAAUAAAGAAAUUGCUCUAUGGAGCAGAAAUGUUGACAAUCGACUUUUCAAUCGCUUUAUGACUAAUCUGGCAUUCAAGUCUGUCAUUCAAUUGUUUUGUAAAAGUUUGUUAUUCAUGUCGUAUAGGCAUCACUAUACAUUUAAGUAUUUUCAGGUUUAGCACACAAAAUAUUAUUUGAAGUGUAUAGCUAUUGUAUAACAAAAGAUACAGUGGCGAGGGCUAUAUACUCUGGUCCUUCUCAGAGUCUAAAAACACUGUGCAAUACUCUGCUUUCAUUGAGCAAUUGUCAACUCACGCUUCUUACUCAAAACUCUACAUUUCUCAAUGUAGCCACAAUUGUCGACCUGUAUUUUCCCAGCCAUUGUGAAGAGAUUCAUUUCUAAUUCCUCUCUCAGACCUGCCUGUUGCCAAAUCUGUGAGGGCAUAGCAAUUACACUAUAGGUGGGCAGGUUCCUAACCUUUUGUAAAUUACAUGAAUAUCGAGAAAGUGUUUUUGCCAAUGGUAGUAACAAAAGUGAGUGACAUGCGGUCUGUCUUUAAAUGAACGUUUUUGCACUGUAGGUAUGUGAAUUCACUUAGAUUGAACCCUCUUGGCUAUUACACAAUGAGUCACUGAAUCUGUGAAUUAUGCUUGGUGUUUGGGCAGCAUUCAUUUUAGUUCACUGUUCUCAAUACAGUAGCUUAAAUUAGAAAUUAAGGCUUCUCCUCAGGUACGUGUGUUGAGUUUACAUCAAAUUCAAUCACUUUCUGGUAAAAAGAUUUAGGUAUACACUUGUUGGCAGAGAUUACAUGUGGUACAAUUUAUUUUAUCCUUGUUGCAACUUUAGUAGUUUGUUAAUGUGUUGGAAUGCGAUUGCCUUUUCAAAAUCAGAAAAAUUGAUACAAAAUAAAGUGAAUCAUGUUUUUGUUGCUAGCUAGUAGUACACAUCAAUAAAGGAAAGUCAUCAUUG